GCUUAUUUCCCUCUAGCACCCAGCAGUAGCACAGUAUCCAUGAGCCACAUAUAGCACUUCAGCCACUUUGGCAUCCUUCCUGGACUUACAGAGACUGAAUCCACUGCUUUACUUGCUUUAUAGGCAAUGGUUAUCCACAGUGUGCUGCUGCUGCUGCUGCUGCUGCUUUGACUGUACUUCAGCGUAGAGCGACACUUAUUCGUCCGAUUUUUUUCCCCUGCAAAAAUCGCCUCUGCUUCUUCGUCUUUUUUUAUUUUUUUCUUUCUUUCUCGUGUGUGUUGUUUGUUUGUUUGUUUCAAAACAGCGGAUUGUCCGACAAAAAAGGCUGGUGCGGCAACUUUUUUCCCUGCAUAUUUUCCCCCCUUACCCGAAUAUGUCGUUGACCAACACAAAGACGGGCUUUUCUGUAAAGGACAUUUUGGACCUUCCUGACACAAAUGACGAAGAAGGAUCUAUCACCGGAGCGGAGGAAGACACGGAGGGAUCGGAGACCACGUCCACGACGAAAAACACUGGAGUUUUGGUGCAAAGUCCUCUAGAAAACGUUCAAAAUCUGCCUUUAAAGAACCCCUUUUAUGACAGUAGUGACAAUCCUUACACACGAUGGCUUGCUACUACGGACAGUAUUCAAUAUUCAUUGUUUCUCCCGUUUCUUGCCGCAGUGCACGGUCUCUCCGCCAGCUCUCAGGACUCCGCCAAGUCCCCGGAGCCGUCCGCGGACGACGAAUCGCCGGACAACGACAAGGAAACUUCCAGCAGCGGCGGCAGCGACUCCGGCAAGAAGCGGAAAAGGAGGGUGUUGUUUUCCAAGGCACAGACCUACGAGCUGGAGCGCCGCUUCAGGCAGCAGAGGUACCUGUCCGCCCCGGAGAGGGAGCACCUGGCCAGCUUGAUCCGCCUCACCCCGACCCAGGUGAAGAUCUGGUUCCAGAACCACCGGUAUAAGAUGAAGAGAGCCCGGGCCGAGAAAGGACUUGAAUUGUCUUGUAUAAAACCCACAGUCCGCUGCAGUCAGGUGGGCUGGAUGGGGGACAGCGCCAGCAAUCAGGUUCCCAGAGUUGAGUGUUUAUGCCUUUCACUUAAUGGAUUGUCUCACCUUCUUCAGAGGAUGAACAUGAGGUGCUUGAGAUGCCAGCACUGCAAAUGGAUCCUGGGGCUUUGAGCCCGAUAACGACCAGCCAUCAUCUGUUUCAGACAUGCUUCAAUCAGCAUGCGUGAUGAUCAAAGAGCAGCAAUGUGGCAGCAAUGUGUUUUACCAAUUCAAAUAGUCUAAUUAACUUCCAAUUUAAAGAGGAUGUAAAAUAUGUGUAGCAAGUUGUUGCCUAUCAUGUGUUUGUGCACUUGUACAUUGUGGUGAAUUUCUAAUGUGUUGCCGAAGAUAUCUGCACUGGAUAGAAAGUGAAUAAAUAAAAGUUUCUCCAUGAUAUCCCCCAUUGUGAACUUUUCUGAAUAGGUGCAGUAUUUCACUAACACUGGCUUCAUUGUGUCAUGUAUCACAUUCAGUAAUAAUGCUCUUUAUGAUACAUGAGACUGAAGCAAUAACCUUCAACUUAUUUAUGCCUGGUGGACACAUAUCUUGCACUGAUUAUGUUUACAUCCACACAAAAGCGACACAGCAGCACAAACAACCAGAGGGGGAUCUUUGGCACGUGCAUGUCUGUUACCUGUAAAACGCACAUGCUCUAGGAGUAAUGUGCCACGACAAACAUCACUCUUAAACUACUUUAAUGAAAUGCAUAUCAGUUUAAAUCUACUAUUAUUCAUACUAAUAUUCAUUGACUUUCAUAUCUUGACUCUCGUAUCCCGGCUUGCAGUACGUGGGAGUCAGUUAGUCAGCUUCAUCCACAGUCAGGUCAAAAUUCAGCUCUGAGCUUUUUCAUGUCACGUACAUCAAAGCUCUGUUUUGUUGUCUCCAGUCACGAUACACUAAUUUUACACAAAAUCUUUUUUUUUUUAAACAACACACCAGCCUCACUCAGUCUCCAGGCCCCUCAGAUCCUCCUCUCCAGUCCUUUUCCCCCAGUUUAAAUCCCACAGAGUGGUCGAGUAUUUUCUAUUGCUAUCCAGACUGUCAAAAUGUUUAUUCUGAGCAUUCAGGACUUCCCAUGCUAUUACCGAUGUUACAUUCCAUCUUAAAACCAACUAUUUCCCUUUUCAGUCUACACGAAUGUAAAUGUAAAUACAGGAUUUGUGUGUUUAUGUACCUUUUGCUUCAUUUAUUUUAUUUAUUCAUUUAUAUAUUGAUUUAUUUGAUGUAUUAAAGGUUGUUUUGAAUGAUUAUUGUUAUGUAAUUAAAUGCUUUUUCAAAAAAAUUAUCUGUACAGCAU